AUGCAAUCAGCUACCCCAUUGCUGCAACCACCUAUGCUACUGCCAUCACUUCCACACGGAACAGCUGGUGGCGCUACCACUGGAACUGCAACUGACACAUCUGCUGAUCUCGAUCCUUUAACUGCCAAGCAGCCAAAAGGACCCCGCCACACAUCAUGCCAACACAUCCCAUCAAAACAUGAACAGGCACUCAACAUCAUCAGGUCAUCAAACGCACGUAUCCAUGCUGCGGUGGGAGGUACAGAGGGUAAAGAAAAUGAUGAAUCCACUUUCUUGCCUAUGAAGUGCAAGGUCAAGCCCACCAAUCAACAAGCCAGCAAAAAACAGAAGCACGGUUAG